AUGAAGUUCUCAGUGAUCUUCAACUUGAUCGUCAUAAUUGGGGCCACAGAAGGGUUAUUCCAUAAGCAUGAUAAUGCUCGGUUAUCGCCUUCUAUUAUUAAGUCGUGGACCAGCAAAGACUUACAAGACUACUUAUCUGACUCUGGGGUCUCCUUUGAUUUUGAUUCCGGAUAUGAGCACUUACAAGACCUUGCGAGUAAGCAAUGGUCUAAGGUUGCUUAUCUUGGUAGCCCCAUUGCAACUUCCAGUGCUCUGGGAUGGUGGAGCUCGGUAAAAGAGAAGGUGCCUAGUGUCAAUUCUUGGACCGGCAGCAGCCUUCCAUCUUACCAAGAUAUGGAAAACUUUCAAGAUUGGAUCUUCAACUCCUGGUCAAAACAGGACUUGUACAAGUUUAUUCAUGCACAUGGUGUGAAGCUCUCCAAUACCCAGACUUCACACGUCUUGUCUAAUUCUGAAUUGAUUGAGGUUAUCAAGAACCACUGGUCUGACAUUGUUAAUGAUGUUAAAUCAAAAACCCACAAGCCAGGAAGCUCGGUUUCUGGACGCUAUCCUGGGUACUGGAUUUACGAAUCCUGGAAUGAUAAAGCUUUGAAAAAAUGGUUGGAUCGUCAUGGAAUCGUCUAUAGUAAAAAAGAUAGUCGUUCUGAGUUGAUCAAUUUGGUGAGAUCCCACAUUUAUGCUGUUAGCCAAGAAGCUGGGGAAUUCAUUGAUGGCACCAAGCAUUUUGGUGACUGGAUGAAGAAAUCAGCUCAUGAUAUAUAUGAUACUGUUGGGGAGAGAGUGUCCUUUGCUGCUGACUACACCAAGUAUUGUUUGACUCAUGGCGAGCCAUUUGAGGGCUGGAACGAGGAUGACAUCAAGGAAUAUUUGACUUCAUGCAAACAAGAUGUUAAAGGAUCCCUUAAUAAUGCCCAUGAAAAUGCGAUAACUUUGUUCAAUGAGGGCAAACAUGAGUCGCUUAAGAAGUACUUUGAGAUAAGUUUGAAAGUUAAUCAAAGAAUUGACAAGGAAAAAAACAAUGUCGCUAAAUUCCGAGAUGAUUCUGCUGAUGCGUUAUUGAGGGUUAAAGAGUCGAUGAAGUCGCAAGUUCCACUGUUGUUGUUUGAUACGCUUUCUCUUGAUGACUUGAAGCUUUGGUUGCAGCAACACCAAAAAUCCACCGAAGGAACCGCCGAUGAGUUGUACAAUCGUGCAAUGGAUACUUAUGAGGAGCUAGUGGAUCAGUUGAAGCAAGAAAAUUUGAGAAAAGUUGAUACCGCAGCAAGAGAGUAUUUCCAAGAUUGGAGUUUGCCAGAUUUGCAAGGUUGGUUACAAGUGCAUAAGGAGAACACCGAGGGAACUUUUGAAGAAUUGUAUGAAAGGGCUAUCAAGUCGUUUGACUCGGUGUACACUGGGCUUGCCGACAAUUUCAACACUCAAUUGGCAAAAAUCAAUUCACAAAGUUUACCAAAGUUUGGCGGGACUACCUCAUGGUAUGGAAAAGUAAAGAGCUACUUUUUUGAUGAGAAUCCUUAUCUUAUAAAGCCGGAAGAUAAUUUUGCUACCAAGUUGUACAAGAAGUCCGCGUCAAACUUCAAUCAUUACUUUUUGGGGAAUAGUUAUUGA